AUGCGCGCUGCUAUCCUUAUUGCUCUGCUUGUCUUGGUCGCUGUUGCCGCUGCCAAACGUCCUGGAGGAGGUCAAGGAGCUCAAGGAGGUCCUGGCGGUGCACAGGGUGGUCAGCAGGGAGGACCCCAAGGAGGACCCCAAGGAGGUCCUCAAGGAGGUCCACCAGGAGGUCCUUCCAACUCCACAUCUACAACGGAAGCUGGCGAUGUUUCCACCACAACAGAAGCUGAUGCAGAGGCUUCUACUGAUAUUACAUCCAAAUAG